UUGGAUCGGACCGAUUGGAUCUGAUUAGUUUGAUUAAGUCUUGUGCUGUCCUAACCGGCAGAUAGUUAAACGGGUGAGUAUAGUGCAGGAAGGUAUCCUAAUACUAUCCUAGCCGUCAAUCAUAGUGAAUCAAGUCCGUUGACAGAUAGGUGUACCGGUACCUUUAUGUAGUGAAUCACAAUCCCAUCCCUCCCCCAACAAAACACAAACCCAAAAUCUAAUAAAAGUUUUUCCGCUCCCCUUAGAUCUCGCCGACGAAUCACUGUCCGUACAAUCGCCGGCGCGUUAUCCGGUCUGUCGGUGGUGGCGACAUCCUCGAUCUCCGUCAACGAUACUACAACCUGAUAAAAAUUGGUAUUAGUUGAGCAGUAUAGUCCCAAGCUACUGGAAGGAUCAAUAAGCACACUGCAAGUAAAGGAAAAGAAACUGAGAAACAAUGUCUUUCCAGAAUCAAGGUUUUUGGAUGGCAAAAGGUGCUGCUGCAAUAAAUGAUGGUGAGAUUAAUUAUGAUAAUUCAUCUAGAAUUGAGCUGAAGCGCUCUCAUCAGUGGUUUAUGGAUGGUCCUGAGGCAGAGCUAUUUUCCAACAAGAAACAGGCAGUGGGAGUUCCAACCAACAAUUUAUUUACAGGAAUGCUAAAUUCAAACAUUUCUUCAUGGGGAGAUGCUUCUGGUUUUCAGUCUAUCUCUGCCCAUUUGUCUGAACGGUUAUUUGAUUCUGAGCCAGCAAAAACUGCCAAUUUUGAUGACAGAAGCAUUCCAUCGCUUAGCUCUGAAAAAGUUAACAUGGGAAGGAAGGUAGAUGAGGAUCCAUUUGGGAACGAUUCCUCAUUUGGUUUAUCUAUGUCACACACAUUGGAAGAUCCUAGAUCAAGUUUAAAUUAUGGUGGCAUUAGAAAAGUGAAAGUUAGCCAGGUCAAGGAAUCUGAGAAUAUCAUGCCUGUCUCAUUAGAAAAUGAUUACAAUAGGGUUGAUUGCAAUAAUACUAUGUCAACAUCCCACACCUAUGACCAUACAGAUGAAAGUACUAAAUCGAUGGAUCUUGCUUAUAACAAAGGGAAUGGCAACAUCAUGUCUAUGGGUGAAACGUAUGACAGGGAGAGUAACAUUUUCAUUUCAAUGGGACAACCCUAUAAUAAGGGAGAUGACAGCAUGUCAGCAUACAAAGAGAAUAACAAUGCCAUGGCAAUACACCACACCUUUAGUAACGAUGACAAUCAUCUUAUAUCUAUGGGUCAAUCCUAUAAGCCAGAUGAAAAUACAAUAUCAAUGGGGCAUCUCUUCAAUAAAGGGAAUGAUAGCACUGCUUUAAUGGGUCAAAUCUACAACAAAGGUGAUAACAACAAUUUUUCAAUUGUUCAGGGUUAUAAUAAAGGAGAGAGCACUAUAAUAUCCUUUGGUGGCUAUGAUGAUGAUGAUGCAAACCCCUCUGGGAGGCUCAUAUCCACUUAUGACAUGUUGAUGGCUCAAUCUUCUCUUCAAAGUUCAGAAGUAAUAAAUGAGAACGAAGUCAUCACCUCAAAUGUGGAUGCACUUCUAUCUGCUACGCAUACAACUGCCUCUGGAAUUGAAAAUGCUAAGAAGAAAGAGGACUUAAAAACGUGUAAGAAGGUUCCUUCUAACAACUUCCCUUCAAAUGUCAGAAGUUUGCUAUCCACUGGUAUGCUGGAUGGGGUUCCUGUAAAGUAUAUAGCAUGGUCACGGGAGAAGGAGCUCCGUGGUGUUAUAAAAGGUUCUGGAUAUUUAUGUGGCUGUCAGACAUGCAAUUUCUCUAAGGUAAUUAAUGCUUAUGAAUUUGAGCGACAUGCGGAUUGCAAAACAAAGCACCCCAAUAAUCACAUAUAUUUUGAGAAUGGGAAGACUGUUUAUGGCAUUGUCCAAGAGCUAAGAAGCAUACCUCAGAAUAUGCUGUUUGAAGUUAUUCAGACGAUUACUGGAUCACCUAUUAACCAGAAGUCCUUUCGUCUUUGGAAAGAAUCAUUUCUAGCUGCAACACGUGAACUUCAACGCAUUUAUGGUAAAGAUGAAGGAAAACCAUUAUAAUGAAGCAGCCUUGUUUAAGUUGUCAGGUAGGAUCAUUUUUGUUUUGUGCAUACAACUGAUCUUUUUGGCCACACGUUGUACUUGUUAACGGCCAUUGCCUACUAACUUAAGGGCACUGGAUGUUUGCAUAUUUUGGGAACCGAGCAUCACAAUGGAAGUAGGAGAACAAAAUGCAGAGGACAGUUAUUAAUCUGGUCAGUAGAUGUAUGAAAGCAGCACAUAGCCCCUGCAUUAAAGAGGAAAUGAAAUACAAACUAUGUGCUACUUGGAAACAGAAGGAAAUUUCUUUUGUAAUUUUCUUGGUUGUCUUCCUUCUCGCUAUUUCUCUUAUCACCAUUGAUUGAGUUUAAUUACUGUUUAUAAAAUCUCAAAACUGCCAAAAUAUUCUGCAUUGCUCUGUUCUA